GACGUCAAGAUCAACCCGCCGAAGGAGUUCAACGGAAACAGAGACGACACCUUAGAGUUCCUCACAGACUGUGAGAACUUCAUCAAUACACUUGGAACCGCCAAAUUCGACACCGACACCAAGAAGAUCGCAUGGACCCUGUCGUACCUCAAGGGAGGAAGCACAGGACCAUGGAAGAUCUCUUUCAUCGAAGGACAUCCCACGGGAUACGGAACAUGGACCGAAUUCAAGGACAAGUUUAAAGAAGUAUUCGGAACCAUAGAUCAUGAAGCCAAGAACCGCUUCGCCCUCAUGAACCUCAGACAAGGAAACACUUCAGCAGACGACCACGUCGUGAAAUUCCGAACGUUGAUUGCCAGAUCAGGCAUCAAUGACAACGUUUCACAAACCACCUUGUUCCAGGCUAGCCUGAACGACGCGUUAAGAGCCAAGAUAUACAGCCACGACCCGUUGCCUACCACUAUUGAAGAAUGGUACAACAAGGCUUCCACACUCGACCAUCAAUGGCAAUUCGCCAAUUCCAUGAAGGGCGGCAGCGGCUUCAGAAGCUCUAGACCUACCAGAGACACCAAGGUCAGGGCGGUCAACCUUAAUUUCGCGGAACGCCAGAAGUACAUCAAGGAAGGACGGUGCUUCCGAUGCGACAAAAUCGGACACCGC